UGACGCUGUGAAUCUCGUCCUGCUCGGACCUGCGCGUUCACGUUGAUGUUCCUCCUCAACUAACCGCAAACGUUUGUUGCGUUCACGUACAUAGGGACGAUAAUAGGUUAUUGUAAAUCUUAAAAUGUAUGUCUCACAAGUUAUGUUUGUUUUGUGUUGUGCGUUUUCACCAAGGCUUUCUGUAAACCUAAUGUGCUAAAGACUUAUACUUUGCGAUGAUAUUAUUUAAGUAACCGCUGAUUGAUAUAAAUUCCCCCGACACGUGAAUACAUCAGCGUCCUGGCCGGAACUCGGCUCUUCCCCGUCUGUAUAGAUGAAGUUGUUUCAAAGAUGGCGGAUUUCCUGCCGUCUCGCUCCGUUUUAUCUGUAUGUUUACUUAACUGUCUUCUCUCGAGCGGCGAAGCAGAGCAGCUGCGGAAAUCUAAAGAAAUAGAUAAGUCCAUUAGACGCGAUAAGAAGUACGUGAAUCGGCUCGUGAAGAUCCUGCUCCUGGGAGCGGGAGAGAGCGGCAAGUCUACGUUUCUCAAGCAGAUGCGCAUUAUUCACGGGCAGGACUUCGACCAAAAGGCCAAGGAAGAGUUCAGAGCCACGAUCUUCAGUAACGUAAUAAAAGGCAUUCGAGUGCUAGUGGACGCUCGAGAGAAGCUCCACAUCCCCUGGGGCGACCCCUCCAAUCAGCGGCACGGAGACGUGAUGAUGGCGAUCGACACCCGCUCGGCGAUGGCCAACGGGCACGGCAUGGGGGAGGCCAAGGUUUUCCAGCACUACGUGCCGUCCAUUCGCUCCCUGUGGGCCGACCGGGGCAUUCAGGACGCGUACGACCGCCGCAGAGAGUUUCAGCUGGGGGAGUCAGUCAAGUAUUUCCUGGACAAUCUGGAAAAGCUUGAACAGUCUGACUACCUUCCCAGCCAGCAGGACAUCCUCUUGGCCCGAAAACCCACGAAGGGCAUCCACGAAUACGACUUUGAAAUCAGGAACGUGCCUUUCAAGAUGGUGGACGUGGGCGGUCAGCGCUCCGAGAGGCGGCGCUGGUUCGAGUGCUUCGACUCCGUCACUUCCAUCCUCUUCCUCGUCUCGUCCUCUGAAUAUGACCAGGUUCUGAUGGAGGACCGGCAGACCAACCGUCUGAGCGAGUCCCUCAACAUCUUUGAGACCAUUGUCAACAACCGGGUUUUCAGCAAAGUGUCCAUCAUCCUGUUCCUCAACAAAACCGACCUGCUAGAGGACAAAGUCAAGCGCGUGUCCAUCAGAGACUACUUCCCCGAGUUCCUGGGUGAGCCCAGCAGCCUGGCAGACGUGCAGCACUUCCUGGUGGAAUGCUUUCGCAAAAAGCGCCGCGAGCAGCAGCAGAAGUCGCAGCAGAAGCCGCUGUACCACCACUUCACCACGGCCAUCAACACCGAGAACAUCCGGCUGGUGUUCCGCGACGUGAAAGACACGAUUCUUCAUGACAACCUCAAGCAGCUGAUACUGGAGUGAGGGCGAGGACCAGGCAACGGGUGCUCCCAGAGCGCAGGCACUGACCCAGUGUCUGUGCUCCUCAGCUGUGAUGUAGUGAAGGUUCACUCUCUGCCUUACUGAGACACAGCCACCACCAUCUGAUCUACCAGAUUAUUGUAAAUGAUCUCUAACCUCUUUGUUGCUACAUCUUCCACACACUGUCCUGAUCUCUGCGCUGCUCUAUUAAUACCUGGGAUAAAAUUGGGGAGGGGGGAGUUUGGUAGGUGGUGUUGCUGAGUCAAUCAAUGCCGAGGCGCUGCCUUCGCAGAUGCUUCACAUCUUUCCUAGCCGGGGCUCAGUGAGCAAAAGUCCACUCCAGUUUUAAUACCUUUCAUGAAUGUACCUAUGCAUUUUAACUUAUGUGGUUUUAGGAGUUGACACUUUGUGAUGGACACUCUUGUGGUUAAUUAGUACCUGGAUGGAAACACAGACGUAGGAAGCACUGGUGAUCAGACACAGUGUCCAGUGAACCUGAUCUGAUCCAACCAAAGUCCAGUUCUGCCCCUUUUUAACCAGGAGUGCGUCGGCAUGACAGGCCCAAUUAUCUUCUUUUAGGAUUAUCAGCUCAUUUGAGUAGUUGUUAAAACAUGAAUUCGAUUGUCUUGGACACUAAAAUCACUGUUGUGUGAUGAUUAUUUCAUCCAGAUUUGGAUUUUGUGAUGACACUGUCAUUGGCUUUUGAACCCUGGGAUGAUUCAGGAGCUUUUUACUCUGAGGUUACAUUGGGUCUGUGCUGUUUGACUGAACACUUCCGUUUCUGUCCAUUGGCUCUGGUGAACUCACAGGGUGGGGAGGUGCAGGUGUGUGACGCUCAUAUUGCAGAACACCGUGUUCUGCUCAUCUCUAGCUUUUUUUUUUUUUUUUGUGGUCCAAAACAUUGAUUUUGCUUGUGAAAAGUUAAAGAUGGUUGAGAUGGUGCUUGAGGACAGUCCUCGGCCGUUGGAAGGCUGAUCAGGACCCAGUCCUGAGGAAGGUCACACUCCAAAACGUUUGCUCCGCAGUCCUGUCAGGCGCUGUGGUCCAGUGUUUAGAACGGCCCCGUCUGCCUCAUAUUCUCUGAGGGAACCUUUUUAUUAUGUCGCCACUGGUCCAGAUUUCAAGAAAAGGGAUAAAGCCUGUGUUUUACUGGUGAGCUAAACGUCUGUGUUGUCAUCUUCGCUCCUGCUGUUUUCACACUGCUCUCACCUUCACUAACAGCUUCUGCAUAGAUUAGAAUUUAUACCUGUAUGUGCUGUAUUUAGAUAAAUUAACAUUAUUAUUAUUAUGGGACAGUCCCAUCCAACACAGAUGUGUUGUUUAGAUCAUCCUGUAAUCGUCAGAGCCUCAAAGAUUGGAGACGGCACUGGUUCAUGCUCUCACGUCAGAAUCCUGUGGAUGGAACCUGGAACCACUGACACAGACUCUGUAAUCCCCCCGCCCCCAUCUGCCCUUCAGUCUUUUCCACAAGCUUGAUCUACACACAAAGGACCUGGAGAGGAACUAGAGGCACAUGUGCCUGAGCUGAACUGAAGCAUUUUAAUUUGUUUUUGUUAAAUUCUAGCUGCAAACAGUGAUCACGUCCUGUAAUGGUUCUGUAAGAUCCUGAUCAGUUCUUACCCUUGGAUCUCCCUUUGUAUGUGAACAUCAUCCUGUGUGUGAACUUAUGAAAAGCAGUCUUUUAUUUACUGUGAGCGGAGGACAGGCCUGUGUUUAACCAGUAAUCAGGACGCUGGCGGCCUCUUCACUGCUCGCCAGAACUAUUGUUUGUAACUUUUAACUCGAUUUCCUCCAAAAUCAGGUUUGUCAAUGUGCUGUUUUUGCCUCCACUGUGACUUUGGUUUUGUUCGUUCAGCUUUCAACAAACUACUCAACAGCAUGAGCCCUUCAGUCCCAAACAUCACGUGUCUGUUCUGGAAGAUGAGGUUCAAACUCUGCCCUCAUCUUUGACUUCUCCUCCAUUUAUUACCAUGAUUUUGAGGAUAAAUGGACUUUCUGUUGUGUCUGUUCCUCUGAAGAGUUCAGGCCCUUUCACCCAAACCUCUUCUGAAAACACACUAAGUAAACCUGAAGGCUUGUCUGUGUCGUGGUUUCGCUGAUUACAAAACAGUGACUUUCGCUGAGUCAGGACCAGUGAAAUUUCUGUCCUGACCAACAAACAUCCAGUGGAUCCUAAACUACACGAGCUGGUAAUGAGUCGUGCGAUCUGGCAACCAGUGUUCUGUUCUUUGCCUUCUGUGAUUCUGUAGUUGUGGGUGGGAAACAUCGUUGUCUAGAAGGUAAAAGUAGGACUCUGAGGAUUUAAGUUGUGUAAUUUAUUAGUGUUCUUUGUUUAAAAUUCCUUGUGACCGGCGUCGCCUUCCACAGGACAAACUAUGCAGCAGCUCUGCUUCAUGGCCACGAUGAGUGUUGGGUUGAGUCAGAAGUGAUUCAAAUGCCACUGACUGGCUUCGUAAUGGUGUUUUGUACAGACUAAAAGAGAAUGUCUCCAGUGCCUCGUUUUUUAAGCUUUUUGCAUCAUGUUUGAAUCAUUUAAUUCCUGGUAUUAAACAGUCCUUGUGAGCUGUGGCCUGUUACGGGAGCCAAGCUUUCACUCUAUAGUAACUUAUAUUGAUUUGUGUUCCGCUCCUGAAUAAAUCUAACAGGUUUCUAAGAA